AAAGAAAAUAAUUGACCAAUUAAACUUUUUGGUUCAUUGUAUAGGAAACUUAUUAGUCGAAGAGAAAACAGAUAGAACACGAGAAAGCUGGCCGGAAUUAUUUAUUAGAAGCUUGUCGUUUUCUUCUAAAUAUAUGCUACACAAAAUGAAAACCUCAAGUCAUUUACUUUUGGAACGUAAUUGAUAAGAAAUUUUUGUACUUUAUACUAGUUUUACAAUUUAAACGUUUCACGAAAGUGCGAUCAAUUUAAAAAUUCUAAGUUAUGUAAUGAAACAUGUCACUAUUGGCGCCUGUUGAACCUAGACAAGACGGGGUUGAAGUUACAAAAGGCCCUAUAAAGUGUCGUAUACCGCAGAGAUUGCCCCCUGGGCGACAGAGAUUGCUACCCAAUAGACCAAAACCUCCUUCUGAAGUAACGAGAGCAAAGUGGGAGACUAUACCAGUUCAACAUCAGCGUUUUGGCUUACGGAACACGAUACGGCCACGUUCCGAUGAGUCACGGCCAAAGUCAGCCAAUCGAGUAAAAGAUGAGUUGGGUCUUGGACGACCAGGCGUGCAUCCGUUACCACGCUCGGCCAGGCCCGAUCGCGAACGCUUCGUGUCUGCACCUAGAAGACCAUCCACGAUCCCUAAGAAAAUGAAUGACCAUACAAUACAAGGCAAGAUCGGACGCCCCGUCAUAACUGUGCCCGUUCCCGGGUCACAGGUGAGAAAUUAUAGAACCCAAAUGAAAAAUCAUGGUUAUACUGGUCUACCGGACCAGGAAACUAUACAAAAGCAGGAACGAUGUGAAGAUUUAGAGGAUUGUGAUGGAACUCAUACCCUGGUGGAAAAAGAAUCUAUAUCUUCUCGAAGUGACAGAAUGAUGAAACUAAAGAUAAGUUGGCAAGAAAAUAUGGUGCAGUUUGAGAAGAUGAAAGAUGAUCUCAAAGAGCGUCAGAAAGCUAUAAUGGAGCUAUAUGCGCUGAUGCGGAAUACCCAUCAGAAGAUGGCAGUUUUGGGCCAGAAGGCAAUAUUACCACCUUCCGACGAUCUGCGCAUCAUGAAUGUGGCCAAGUUAACUGCCGAGCAACUGCUACAGCUGUGCUCAGUACGACAGUCCGACGAUAAAUCGAAAAACGAUCCGUCGACCAAAACUCCCCUGACAGUGGACAUGAACAAGCUGUACGGUAUGCCAACUAAAUUAGUUGCCACGUGCGAACAGACUCUUCUCAAGAGGAAGGAGAUCAUUGAUUGGUUUGAAUCUUUGACAUUGAAAAAUGAGAAGGGUAUUGGUUUACACAAGCUUUCUAAGAAAAUUAAUGAAUUUAAUGCCGAAAACGAAAUGUUGAAAAGCUCUUUAGAUCAAGCCCAAGGAGAUUUUAGAAAGGAACUGAACGAAAUUAUAGAGUUUAUGCGAAAAACUACAAAUGAAACAAUAGCCCUUCAGUUACGUACUGAAGAACUGGUGUAUCAGAUAACAGAACUCAAUUCACAGAAUAACGAUUUAAAGAAGCAAAUGCACACUUCCGAUCAUCUUAGGUCACAAUCGAAUAAAAAUAAAAUAGAGGAACUGGAAAAAGACCUCAAGAUGGAAAGAUGUAAAAAGAUUUACAUAAAGGAUCGCUUGUCUCGAGCAGAAGGUCAAAUAAAGAUAGGCGCUGAACGAGCUUCUCAAUUAGAAGCGGCUUUAGAACAAGCUCGCUCACAGACUCGCACGCUAGAGCGCACCGUGCAACAGCUACAUGAGCAGAACACGAAGUUACAAACCGAUUUUGACGAAGAACUUAACAAGUUAAGAGAAUCAAUACAAGAAAAUACAAUGCAUUUAGAAGAAAUAGCGGAUGCGCGAGAGAAGUUACAAGCCGAGAAAGAUGAUUUGGAACAUCGUCUUAUGAAGCUGUCACAGUUUUACAACGAGUCACUUGCAGGCAUUAAACAUGACAUGAAUAUCAAUGUAGCGCAGCUUGUUGAAACUAAAAAGAAAUAUGAAGAUGAACUUGAAGAAAAGAUAAAAUUACAAGCUAAAGUGGAAUUACUAUGUGCGCAACUGUUAGAGUCUGAACUACGGCUCAAAGAUCUAACCAAAGAACUGCAAGAGACUCAAGAGAAAAUAAGUACAGCUAGCAGUUAUGAAAGAGAAUUAGUAUCGACUAAGCGAGAUUUGGAUCUUGCAUUAAAUGAAAUAGAUGAAUGUAAAUCUAGGAUGGCUCAACAAGAGGAGACCAUAAAAGAAUACGAGCAAAAUUUCAAGGAUUCCAUCAAUUUAGAAGAAAGUUUGAAAUCUGAUCUAAUGAAUAAAGAAGAAUACAUAUCAGAACUUGAGAAAAAACAGUCUUUACUGGAACAGCAGUUACAGGAAAGCGAAUGUAAAAUGGGAUCUUAUGAGGAACAGUUGUCAUCUCUAAAAACACAUAUUGCUGAAUUGCAAGAAGAUUUUGGAGAAUUUGAAAACCUAACUGAGCUUCAUGAUAUGGUUAACCAACAACGAGCGAAAUUGCUUGAAGCUACUCGACAAAACGGGGAACUUGCUGAAGCGUUGCAAAAGAAAGAUAUGGAAUUAGAGCGUCAUAUAGAGAACCUUACAGAACAAGAACGUCUCUUAGAGCAACGAGAGGGUGUUAUUAAGAUGCUUUCAGAAAAGGACGAAGAGCAAAACAACAUCAUAAAAUUGUUACGUAACAAUUUAGAAAUGAGAACUCAAGCGGAUAUGGACUUAAACCAGCAAAUUACUGAGAAGAACGCUGAGAUAGAGGCUCUUAUUUCAAACGUCGAAACGAGGAAGAAACAAAUAUCUCAGCUCGAGACAAUACUUUUGACAUUAGAAGAUCAAACACGCAAAGCAAGUACGCAAAGGAAAAAAGACCAAGAGAAAGUUAAGAUGUUGGAGCAAAAGAUUGCUGAAUAUGAAGCGUACCAUAUGGAAAAUAGACAUAUCGAAGUCCCCGCUAAUAAUUUAGAUAGCAUAAUCAAAAUCCUUGAAGAUGAAUUAGGAACAUCUUUUGAACCAACCGUGAAUUCGAAAGACAAAUUUAUUACUCCAAAAAAGAAAUAUAUAGGAGACCGUAGACGAGACAAACUCGAGAACUUUGAAUGUCACAAAGGGAACAAUAAUCAGGCUGUGUUUCAUGCUGAACAGGAACCCACUAAAAUAGCUAUGGACAACUUUGUAAAGAAAACUUAUAUAUCAACUAAUGACGACCAAUUCAAGGGUGAUAACCUUAACCGCAAAAAAGCUAUCACCAACAUUGACACACAGAAGUGGGUCCCUACUCCUGAACCGAAUAUUAAUAAUGUGUACACCGCGCCGCCCAAUGUCAAAGAAAAUAAUACAUUUCAACCUUUCAGAGGGCUGCUUCCGGCAGUCAGUCAGCUAAAAGAUAACCUUCUGUCCAGAAACAUACAAUUAAUGUCGAGCAACCAGUUUCGUGAUGAAAAAAAGUGUAAGAUGUUUAAAAUCGCCGGCCAUCGGCUAUGAGUGACGUAAUUAAAGUGUUUGUAAAGUUUGUGGUGUAUACUGUUUAGAACAGUUUGCUAAAAUGUGUAUUUAAGAGAAAUAAAAUUUUCUUUUGUGCUACUUAA